AUAGAAGUGAGUGAAACGAAUACGGUUAAUCAGGAAAAUAAUGUGGUAUUGCAUGGCGAAGUAAAUAUGGCUGAACUUGCAGAUGCCCUGAUCGAAACUCAUAGUAAUUUAGAAACUGAAGUAAUAUUGCAUGGCGAAGUAAAUAUGGCUGAACUUGCAGAUGCCCUGAUACGAAACUCAUAA